GAAAAAGCACUGCAUCUCGGAUCUAAUGCGACUGCAACGGUCGCAGGGCAGCAACCAAGACCAUGGCGAAGCGUGGCACUUGUCGGUGCUGGGUAGCACUGCUGCUGUUGCAGGCGAUCAGCUUGCAUUUUGGGCUGGACUUUGCCAAGCGUGUGGGAAUGCCACGACGGCCCAAGUCCAACCCACGCGCCAGGGACCGUGCUGCCAGCCUGCUACAGGUUGACAGUCCUGAAAGCAUUCCGACCACCAGGAGUUGGAAUCGAGCACCCGCGAAAUCUCUCCGAUUGCCUGCAGACAAAGGUUGCUGCUCAUUUCGGGUUAAACGCCAUUGGCGCUGGCGGCAGAUGAUUGAGGAGCCGCUUGGCGUCUAUGAAUUCUGCAAUUCUACUGGGCCGCCCCGCUUCCACGCCAUUUUUGCUUCAGCGCCAGGGGAAGAGGAAUUCCUUGGAUGUUUCAGAACGCCGCGGGAUGCAGCUGUGGCUUGGGAUCGAAGAGCACGUCGAGCUGAAUGGCCAGUGCUUAAUUUCCCCGUGGAUGGAGAGGAGGAGGGGCCAACUCUGUUGCAGGAUAGAUUCACCUUCUACAGAUCCAAAGGUUUCCCUUAUCCUCCCACUUCAGCGGCCUGGCGACGAAAUCAAUUGCAGGAUUUGCUGAAGUUGAAUGUCACGGGUGUUUGGAGGUCCCAGUGGAUGCUCCAGUUGGACGAUCUUCAGAGGAGCCCAGGAGAUGAACUCUGCUGGUCCUUUCAUCCACACAGCUUCGCUGUGUCCAAGACAAAGGGAGCGAACAAAGAAAUGGGUCCUGUCAAAAAGCCAAGCGCUUUAGAGACCUUCAGCAGCAAUGCAGGCCUCAUGAAGAGCCUCCGCACUUGUCUUGAACGAUGUGGUGAUCCAGCGUGCUCGCCCGAGACCUUGCGUGGUGAAUGCAAGUUUCACGAUGAUUCGAUGAUCUUUCAAGGAGGUGGCAGUUGGAUUGCCAACUUCCCAGCCACAGUUGCAGCAGCGAUCUACCAACGCUUUGCCCCUGGGGGCGUGGUCUACGAUGCCUGUGCUGGCUGGGGCGGCCGUUUGCUUGGAGCGCGAUUAGGUGGUGUGCGCAAAUACAUUGCGUGCGAGCCAAGUUCAAAGACCUUUGCUGGUUUGGAGGAGUUGAGCAACUUGCUCUCACCAUUGGAGGUAGAGCUUCACCGUUGUGGCAGUGAGGACUUUGAUGUUGAAGAAGAGGUGGAUGUGGCGUUCACUUCACCACCUUAUUUCAAUACCGAAUGGUACAGCGACGAGCGAACGCAAAGCCAUGUUCGCUUUCCCACCGUCGAGGCGUGGCGAAAUGGCUUUUUGCAGCCAAUGCUUGCGAAGAUGGUCACAGCUUUGCGACCUGGAGGUCACUUGAUACUCUCUGUGACUACUCGUCGUGCGCAUCGCCGUUCUGGCCUGGAUCUUGAAGGUGAUGUCCACCAAAUUGUCGAAGAACUGGGGCUUGUUCAAGAGCCGACGUUGACCAUGCUAAAGACUGGCACAGACAACGGACGGAAGGGACGGCCGAUCUUUGUUUGGAAGAAAGCUGCCGGGUAAAAAAAAG